GGGGGGGGCAAGUUGAUUGACAUCUUUGAGCUGUACUUCUGUUAAAAUGCUCAUUUCACAAAAAGUCCUUGGGAAGAUUCAAUAACUCGAAUCAUAAUAUGUUCAGCGCAUGGGUGUUUAAAUCAACGGUAGCUGUCAUUUUAUUAUUAUUGUUAUUAUUAUUCCCAUGUACAAGGUGCUGUUGGGAACACAGAGGAAGUGACUGACUGGGGGUUCAGGGAAAGCUCCGUAGAAGAGGGAACACUUGAGCUGGGUCUUGAAGGAUGAGUAGAAGUUCACCAAGUGGGAAAGGACCCUCUAGGAUGGCCGAACCUCGAUUUAACAACCCUUACUUCUGGCCCCCUCCUCCCACCAUGCCCAGCCAGCUGGAUAACCUGGUCCUGAUUAACAAGAUCAAAGAGCAGUUGAUGGCCGAGAAGAUCCGGCCACCUCACCUGCCACCCACCUCAGCCUCAUCACAGCAGCCAUUGCUAGUGCCCCCGGCGCCCGCCGAGAGCAGCCAGGCCGUCAUGUCGCUGCCCAAGCUGCAGCAGGUGCCGGGGCUGCACCCGCAGUCUGUGCCACAGCCCGACGUGGCACUGCACGCCAGGCCGGCCACCAGCACGGUAACAGGUCUGGGGCUUUCCUCCCGGACCCCCGCUGUGAGUACAUCUGAGUCAACCCCAGGCACUGGCACAGGAACCAGUACCCCCUCCACACCUACUACCACCAGCCAGAGCCGUCUCAUCGCCUCAUCCCCCACCCUCAUCUCAGGGAUCACCAGCCCCCCCCUCCUGGACUCCAUCAAGACAAUCCAGGGCCAUGGCCUGCUUGGCCCACCCAAGUCUGAACGCGGCCGCAAAAAGAUCAAGGCAGAGAACCCAGGGGGUCCCCCUGUCCUUGUUGUCCCCUACCCGAUCCUGGCCUCCGGUGAGACGGCAAAGGAGGGCAAGACAUACAGGUGUAAGGUAUGCCCGCUCACCUUUUUCACCAAGUCUGAGAUGCAGAUCCACUCCAAGUCGCACACAGAGGCCAAGCCCCACAAGUGCCCACACUGCUCCAAGUCCUUUGCCAACGCCUCCUACCUGGCCCAGCACCUGCGCAUCCACCUGGGCGUCAAGCCCUACCACUGCUCCUACUGUGACAAGUCCUUUCGGCAGCUUUCCCACCUGCAGCAACACACCAGAAUCCACACAGGCGACAGACCCUACAAGUGCCCACAUCCUGGCUGUGAAAAGGCUUUCACUCAGCUCUCCAACCUCCAGUCUCACCAGCGGCAGCACAACAAGGACAAACCCUACAAAUGUCCCAACUGCUACAGGGCCUACUCAGACUCCGCCUCCCUCCAGAUCCACCUCUCCGCCCACGCCAUCAAGCACGCCAAGGCCUACUGCUGCAGCAUGUGCGGGCGGGCCUACACCUCGGAGACCUACCUGAUGAAGCACAUGUCCAAACACACAGUGGUGGAACACCUGGUGAGCCAUCACUCACCCCAGAGGACGGAGUCCCCCGGCAUUCCGGUGCGAAUCUCUCUGAUCUGAGCCCAACUGCGGCCCCGCCCCGCCCACUUGGCAGACACAGACCUAGGCAGCACCCAGCCUAACUCCCGCUGGCGCUUCCGGGAACCACCAAGCUCUCUCACGACCUUCCCAGCCUGCCAGAAAGCUUGGUCCGCAGAAGCCCUGCCUGGUCCAGCUCCUGGGCAGCCAGGCCAGCUGCAAGGUUCUGGACUGUUCUGGUGGCAUCCAAAGACGACCUCAGAGCACUUUGAACCUGUCUGUUGGGUUUUCUUUUUUGUUCCCCCUCCCUCACCUGCUUCACUGUUUCUUGUUUUUAAGUUUGUUUUGGAAAUAAGAAAAACAAAAACAACAAAAAAAAAGGAUAUUUAUUGGCCAGGAUGUUGGUGCUGCUAAGAACGAAAAACUGAAAGGACCGGACAGACGGAUACAGAGAACCGGAGGGCAGCGUGGGAACUUCUCUGGCCCUAGCCUCAGGUCUUGAAGGGAGGCUCAGGCCUGGG